GCCGUCCUCGCGCCGCCAGGAGGCGCCCGGCCGAGGCCCCGCCCCGCCGGCCGAGGCCCCGCCCCGCCGGCGACGUCCCCGCGGCCCGCCCGGCGGGCGCCGCCAUGUUGGGGGUCCUGGCGGCGGGCGCGUAGGCGUCCUCGUAAGAUGCCGGCUCGCCGGCGCCCGGCUCCCCCCCCCCCAAGAUGGCGUCGAUGCGGGAGAGCGACACGGGCCUGUGGCUGCACAACAAGCUGGGCGCCACGGACGAGCUGUGGGCGCCGCCCAGCAUGGCGUCGCUGCUCACGGCCGCGGUCAUCGACAACAUCCGCCUCUGCUUCCACGGCCUCUCGUCGGCCGUGAAGCUCAAGCUGCUGCUCGGGACGCUGCACCUCCCGCGCCGCACGGUGGACGAGGAGACAGCCUUCCAGAGCCGGGGCAGCUGCCACCGACCUAUGAAGGGCGCCCUCACAGAGAUCAUCCAGCUCGCCACCCUGGACUCGGACCCCUGGGUUCUCAUGGUGGCCGACAUCCUGAAGUCCUUUCCUGAUGCCGGAUCUCUCAACCUUGAUCUUGAAGAGCAGAAUCCCAACGUUCAAGACAUUUUAGGAGAACUUAGAGAAAAGGUGAGCGAGUGUGAGGCGUCCGCCAUGCUCCCGCUGGAGUGCCAGUACUUGAACAAGAACGCCCUGACGACCCUCGCUGGGCCCCUCACUCCCCCCGUGAAGCAUUUUCAGUUGAAAAGGAAACCGAAGAGUGCCACGCUGCGGGCGGAGCUCCUGCAGAAAUCCACCGAGACCGCGCAGCAGCUGAAGAGGAGCGCGGGGGUGCCCUUCCACGCCAAGGGCCGGGGGCUGCUCCGGAAGAUGGACACCACGAGUAAGGCCACCACCGCCCGCGAGCCCUGCGGGUGCUGCCGGGUCUCUGCCCCGCUCAGAGGCAUCCCGAAGCAGGCGCCCUUCAGGAGCCCCACCGCCCCCAGCGUCUUCAGCCCCGCCGGGAACCGCACGCCCAUGCCGCCGUCCAGGACGCCUCUGCGGAAGGAGAGGGGCGUUAAGCUCCUCGACAUCUCCGAGCUGGACGUGGUCGGGGCCGGCCGGGAGGCCAAGAGGAGGAGGAAGACGCUGGACGCAGAGGCGGUGGAGAAGCCAGCCAAGGAGGAGACGGUCGUGGAGAACGCCACCCCCGACUACGCGGCCGGCCUGGUGUCCACACAGAAACUCGGGUCUCUGAACAACGAGCCUGCGCUGCCCUCCACGAGCUACCUGCCGGCGACGCCCAGCGUGGUCCCGGCCUCCUCCUACAUCCCCAGCUCCGAGGCCCCGCCAGCCCCGUCUUCCCGGGAAGCCAGCCUGCAGGCCAGCCGGACCCCCGAGGAACCCAGCACCCCGAGCCCUGCGCUGCCGGCACAGUUCAAGCAGAGGGCGCCCCUGUACAACAGCGGCCCCAGCCCCGCGGCGCCCACACCUGCGGCGCCCACCUCACCCCUGACGCCCAGCACGCCCCCAGCUGUCGCCCCCGCCACCCAGACGCCACCGGUGGCCAUGGUGGCCCCCCAGGCCCAGCCCCCCACCCAACAGCAGCCCAAGAAGAACCUGUCGCUCACGAGGGAGCAGAUGUUUGCCGCGCAGGAGAUGUUCAAGACAGCCAACAAGGUCACGCGGCCCGAGAAGGCCCUCAUCCUGGGCUUCAUGGCCGGCUCCCGAGAGAACCCGUGCCAGGAGCAGGGCGAUGUGAUCCAGAUCAAGCUGAGCGAGCACACAGAGGACCUGCCCAAGUCGGACGGCCAGGGCAGCACCACCAUGCUGGUGGACACUGUCUUCGAGAUGAACUACGCCACGGGCCAGUGGACGCGCUUCAAGAAGUACAAGCCCAUGGCCAACGUGUCCUAGGGCCGCCGCCCCUGCCAGCCCGGACUCGGGCUCUGGGGGACGACCAGCCCCCGGCGUGCCGCCGAGUCCCAGCCCACGUACGCUUUAGGUUCAGUUUCUCUGGGGUGUUUUGGACUUAUUUUCUAGAUUUUAAUAUGGGU